AUGGCCGCCGGUACGAACCACAGGUCAACCGAGGCAACGGAGCCGUACCUAGCCGAUGCCACCCUUCAGAUUCUUGGGGACACCCAGCUCUCAAACCUCACUUUCCUAGAAGGAUCGGAAGUUGGUAAGAAGCUUUUCAAAGCGAAAGAUCUCUGGAGGGACAACGGAGCCGUGGUUCUGGCAGAAGCCAGAACGGUUUCCUCCUUGAAGCCAGAGCUGGAUGCCCGGGGUAUCAAGCUUUAUGCUGUUCUCCGAGAAUCGCUUGGCUACCAAGACUUCCUGCCUUUCUUUGAUGGCGAAGUUUUCCUUGACACCAAGAUGAAAUUCUAUGGACCAAAAUUCAGAAAGAGGGGAUUCUUCUCCAUUUUCAAGAAAGACACAUUUUCAGUCGGGUGGAAGUUCAAGAAACAGGGUAUUCCUCUCAACUUGAAAGGUGACGGUUGGACUCUCGGAGGAAUCUUUGUCAUCGGCCCAGGAGAGACGGGGCUCAUCUAUGAAUACCCUAACCAAUCAUUCGGGGACAUGGUCGAAACAUCAAAUGUCAUUGACGCAGCUAACAAGAUCAAACCAUUAGCGGAAAAAUAAGGAGAGGACUAAAACGUUCUGAUUCUUGAAAGAUUUAUUAUUCACUGAUCUGCAUCCCGCCGCUGCCACCACUAAAGAUUGAAUAAUAAUACUACAGUCACACCAAUGAAACCAACCCCAAACCAACCAAUGCAUUGGAAAUUACGUAUUGAAUUCGGUCAGUCAGGAGUCGGUUAUUUGGUAAGACUGGAGCUUAAAAAAAAGAGAAUACGUACGUCCUCAUGGAGAAUUUGCCAUAUUCAUAACGAGUUUUCAUUUUCAAACUGUUCUUGUUUCCGGGGGGAGGGGGAAUCUUGUCAUUUUCCUCGACUCUUAUACGUCUUUAUUUUAUUUCGAAACAGGUAUACAGUGUCCAAGUUUUAUACAUAGCAUUGUUAAUCUCCUGAAAUAUUAAAAUUAUUAAAUAAUUUGUGUUCAUGUAUAUAAUGAUAUAUCAAUUUAAUAUGCAAUCAUGUAAAAUAUAUUGUUACUUCAAACAAUCGCACAGUAUACGUUAAAUAGAAAAAAAACUAUGAUAUUAAUGACGGAUCGAUUUCAAAAGCAAUUUGAUGCAGAAAUUGUCUCGAGAUGUGCACUUCGUAGGUUUUUUUUCUGAACAAAAUAGAUUGUGCAAUUGCUUAGAGUGAAUGAAAUCUGUUUUCCAGUGAAAAUAAAUGACUCUGAAUAUGAUAUUA